AUGGAAAUCCAAGACGUGGAAACCUUCUACAACGACGAGUUCCAGGUAAAAAACGUAAGGAAACUGAUCCGAAGCGCCCGAGCCGAAGAAAUCGCCGAGAGGACCAAACUGGAUUCGAGCGAUGGACAUGUCAUAGACGAGCACGAUCAGUUCUAUCGCGAUCACAAAUUGCUAUUAACACUAUUCAGGAUUCUAGCCGUGAUGCCCGUUCAACGUGGAAAAAUCGGAAAAAUCACCUUCGGCUGGUCGAGCCUGCCCAUGAUCUACGCCUACGUUUUCUACGCAAUCACCACGAUCAUUGUGGUAUUGGUGGGCAUCGAGAGGUUCGAUGUGCUGUUGAACAAAAGCAACAAAUUCGACGAGUACAUCUACUCCAUCAUCUUCAUUCUAUUCCUGCUGCCGCACUUUUGGAUACCUUUCGUCGGCUGGGGCGUCGCCACCGAGGUGUGCGAUUACAAAAACGGCUGGGGCUUCUAUCAGUUGCAUUAUUACAAAAUCUCCGGUAAAAAUCUAGUUUUUCCGCAUCUCAGCACGUUGAUCAUCGUCUUAAGCUCCGGGUGUCUGAUUGUGGCGGUGAUUUUCCUGCUGACUCUAUCCGCUUUGCUCGAAGGGUUCACGCUUUAUCACACGACCGCCUAUUAUCACAUCAUCACGAUGAUCAACAUGAAUUGCGCUCUUUGGUACAUCAACUGCAGAGCCAUCAAGAAUGCCAGCGAGAGCUUGGCCGAUAUUUUCCAGCGAGACGUUAACGACCAUUGCUCCGCUUAUAUCAUAAGACAUUACAGGGUGUUGUGGUUGGAAUUGAGCGAGCUCCUGCAGGCUAUUGGGAACGCGUAUGCAAGAACUUACUCGACUUAUUCACUGUUUAUGAUUACCAAUAUUACCGUUUCGAUAUAUGGAUUCACAUCAGACAUAUUGGAAAACAGCAUAACGUUUUCGUUCAAACAAACCGGAUUACUGGUCGCUGGAGUAUAUUGUUUCAUACUACUGUACAUUUUCUGCGAUUGUUCUCACGCUGCAUCGGAAAUUAUCGUUGAUAAAGUUCGCACGACGCUACUGAAUGUGAGAGUCAACGAUGUGGAAGUUGAUGUUAGAAAAGAGGUACAGUUAUUUCUGACUGCGCUUCGUCUGAAUCCUCCGACGGUGUCCUUAAAAGGCUUCACCGAUGUCAAUAAGGAACUAAUGGCUUCGGUGUCAUUUACAACCUUUCGAUUAAUUAAAUCCGACGGAAGGUGUUUGAUGGAGAGCCCGAACGGCCGAUUCGUUUUAUUCAAGGGGCCUCGCAGGGUGUCACAAGCAGAUAGAUUCUAG